ACGUACUUGCGCCCGUCCCGGAAGUGGGCUGGCCUCCCCCUGAGGUUUCUGCUCCUAAGGGGCGACCGUCGCCAAGGUGGCGGUCACUGCAUCCCGGCCCACCUCCGCGGCCCUGGGCGUGGUAUCAGCGAGCCCUGGGACUAUGACGGGUCAGGGCCAGUCGGGAUCAGGGUCGUCGGUGUGGAGCACGAUAUUCCGCCACGUCCGGUACGAGAAUCUGGUAGCGGGCGUGAGCGGCGGGGUUCUGUCCAACCUCGCGCUGCACCCGCUCGACCUCGUGAAGAUCCGCUUCGCCGUGAGUGAUGGAUUGGAACUGAGACCAAAAUAUAAAGGAAUUGUGCAUUGCUUGACUACCAUUUGGAAACUUGAUGGACUACGGGGACUUUACCAAGGAGUAACCCCAAAUGUGUGGGGUGCAGGUUUAUCCUGGGGACUCUACUUUUUCUUUUACAAUGCCAUCAAAUCAUACAAGACAGAAGGAAGAGCUGAUCGUUUAGAGGCAACAGAAUACCUCGUCUCGGCUGCUGAAGCUGGAGCCAUGACCCUCUGCAUUACAAACCCAUUAUGGGUAACAAAAACUCGCCUUAUGUUACAGUACAAUGGUGUUGUUAACUCCUCACAACGACAAUAUAAAGGAAUGUUUGAUACACUUCUGAAAAUAUAUAAGUAUGAAGGUGUACGAGGAUUGUAUAAGGGAUUUAUUCCUGGGCUGUUUGGAACAUCACAUGGUGCCCUUCAAUUUAUGGCAUAUGAAUUGUUGAAGUUGAAAUACAACCAGCAUAUCAAUAGAUUACCAGAAGCCCAGUUGAGCACAGUAGAAUAUAUAUCUGUUGCAGCACUAUCGAAAAUAUUUGCCGUGGCGGCAACAUACCCAUAUCAAGUUGUGAGAGCUCGUCUUCAGGAUCAACACAUGUUUUACAAGGGCGUGUUGGAUGUAAUCACAAAGACAUGGAGGAAAGAAGGCAUCGGUGGAUUUUACAAAGGAAUUGCCCCCAAUUUGAUUAGAGUGACCCCAGCCUGCUGUAUUACUUUUGUGGUAUAUGAAAAUGUCUCACAUUUUCUACUUGACCUCAGAGAGGAAAAAAAAGUAAGCUAGAAGAAGAUCAUCUCAAUUCAUCUGCUUAACGCAGCAGUUGCUCCUUUGUGUUUGAGGUAUAAACCUCAGAAGAAUGCUGCACAGCAACAUGGUUCAUAAUGGAAAUUGGUGUAUAAUCAUUAGAAAUCAAAGAACUGCUAAGACUUUGCAGUGUUGUUUUGCUCUUUGCCUUCCCCAUAUGUUUGGGACUUGGCUACCUCUGCCAGAAAUGGCUCCCAUCAACAUGACAGUAAAACUGACGUCAAGUGGAGAAUUUCACAGAUUUCUCUAUUUUAGUGUUCAAGUAGAAGCCGAUCACAGCAUUUGCUAAAUGGAUUAGAUGAAUGUGCUUCUUUUUGUGAACUCAUUUGCCUGGAUCGGCUUUAAAAUCAAUCUGUGUGCAAUAGCAAGAAAAUGGCUUCUGAAAAGAAUUGUCGUUGUUUCAAGAGUAAAUUAAACUUUAAGGAUUUGCUGGAAAAAUUGUUGCUUAAACCCAGACCAUUUUUGAAUUGAGAAAUUUUGGUGAGGGGGAAAAAAAACACCACCACCGUAAAUGUGCGUUAGUUUAAAUUCAGUUGGAAUGUGCUAACUAGGGAAAUUUGAGACGUAUAUACUUCUCUUCAUUUGAAAAAUAUAUUUGUUGUCAUUCUGUCAUUAAUUUUUUCCCUGGGGGCUCUUCCAUAGUUUAAAAUGUAAUUGUGGAUCCAGUUAUUAUAUUUUUUGACGUUGGUACUUGGUGUUUCUUAAACUUAACAAAAUCUGAACUCAGAUGCAGCUGUGUCUGCCCUUAUUUAGAAUAUUUGGCUAUAAGUCACUAAUUGGCUAUAAAUCACUAAUAGAUCACCUCACACACAUACUGGAAUGAUUGGGAUCUGUAUGUUGAGAAACUGUGUGGAAAUGGGAAACUUUAACUUCUUAUUUCAACUAUGAGAUGUAUGGGUCCAGAUCCCAAAUAAACAAUUAGUCUAGAUUAGUUGCUCAUGUUCAGGUUUAAAUACAGAUUACACUAAUGGCCAUUAUUGAUUUAACUUUUAUGAGUCAUUAUAAAUAUCUAUAAAAGCCUGUCCCCAAAGGAUGCCAGAAUAAUAUUUUUAUUUAUCAUAAACUUCUGUGAAUGCUGUUGCACUUCCAUCUAGUUGUAAAUAAAAUAUUGUGGUUUUCAAAGCCAUAUUUAAAUGGUUCUUUGAAGAUAGGUCUAUUUUUUAUAUUUUGAAAAUGGCAUUGUUCUAAAAAUGUGGAACAGUAAGUAAUUGUAUUUACUAUAAUCUCUUGUAACAUGCACAGAAAUACUUUAUAAAUUAAAUGUGAUGUAUUUUUUCAUCCUUCUGGGUUUACUACCAUAAUUCAUCUGAAUUCCUGACGUUAGUCCCUAUACAAAAUACUGGCUGCAGUUGCUGUUUGGAAUUUUAGAGGUAGUGCCAUUAUUCGAAUGCUUCUUGUUUACCCCCAAAUUAAUAAAACAUAAUUUCUGUCUUCUAAGAGCAUAUAAGUUUGCAGAAUAAAUAAAUAAGUGUUAAAUAACUCCAACCCUAGAUGAACGGGCAAGAAGAUUUCUACAAGGCCCUCUAAGGGUUCUGAGAAAAGAGAACUCAUUCAACAACAAAUCGUAACUGAGUUCUUGCUCUGUGCCAGGUAUGUUACCAAGCACUGAAGACACAGCAGGGAAUAACCCAGACAACAUUCCUGCCCUCAGGGAAUUUUCAUUUUAGUGUGAGUGACAGAAAACAAAUAUAUGCAUAGUACAGUUUCAGUUAUUAAAUGCUAUAAAUAGAACUAAAACAGUUGGGAGUAGUGUUGCUAUCUUAGGAUGGUUAGAGUAAGGAAAGAUCUCUUUUGAAGGGGUAGUGUUUGAAACAUUUUGAAAGAAGUGAGGAAAGCAAACCACUAUGGGACAGAGGAAACACAGUCUUCUAGGCAGAGAAAAUAGGAAAUACAAAGGCCCUGAGGCAGGAAUUAAUUUGGCUAGAGGGAAGGAGUGAGGUUAGGGUGGCCCAUACUGUGUGGUGGAAAAGAAAUGCAGGAUUGGCUUCAAAUUUCAGCUUUCCCCUUUGCUGUUUGGCCUCAGGCCAAUAGUUCACCUCUCUGUCUCAAGUUUUCUCAUAUGUAAAAUGGUGAUUUGAUUUGUUACUUUGUGGAUAAGGAGGAUAUGAGGAUGCUUGGGCUAGUGAUUUAUUGAGGGAGUGCUCUUAAGAGACUCUAGAAGAUGAGGAAGAAGUUUAUCAUCACCCUGACCGUAUGGGACAAUGCACUAUGUGUUGGACCACAGAGGUUGUCCUGCCCUGAGGUGAGAGCCUGGGCUAUUAUGUUCUUACAUGAGGCAGAAGAGGGAAGGCUAGGUCCCUUUCCUCAGUCGAGAGCAAUCCUCCAAAAUAAGGUGAAGGGGAGGGGACAGCUGUUAACAGCUGGGAUAUGGGUGCACCAACCCUGUAAAAGGAAUUUGGUGGGUCAACAGCAUCUACAAAUGAGGCUAUUAAAAGUAUGUAGCUCAUAGGAUUAUUGAUCAGAUUAAAUGGAUUAAUCCAUGUAAAGUGUUUAGCAGUGACUGUGCCAAAAAACAUUAGCAUAGGCCAGAUCUUCUAGCCCAUGGUCAGGGGUUUAGAUUGUGGGGAGAUCAUUCUAGUGACUGUAUGAAGAAACAAUUAGGAAGGGCGCCUGGGUGGCUCAGUCAGUUGAGCGUCCGACUUCAGCUCAGGUCAUGAUCUCACAGCUCAUGGGUUCGAGCCCCGCGUCAGGCUCUGUGCUGACAGCUCAGAUCCUGCUUCAGAUUCUGUCUCUCUCUCUCUCUCUCUCUCUCUCUCUCUCUCAAAAAUAAACAUUAAAAAAAAUUUUUUUAAAGAAACGAUUAGGAGACAGACAAGAAACAGGGUUACUAACUAACUAGUUAGGAAGCUUUCACAAAUACCUAGUCAAGACCUGGUGGGUAGCGUGGACCUGGUUGAUGGGAGUUGGAGGUAGUUUAUAGCUUGGGGGUGGGGGAGACUAGAGCAGGCUUCAUGGAAGGGCAAACUUGAAGCUUGGCCUUGAAGGUAGAGAUUUCAAAGGGAACCACGAGGGAAAAAAGAAAGCAUAGGUGACCUCUCUUGAGCAGUGUGUUGUCAAUGUGGUAAUAAAAGGAAGAAAUGGAAGAGACAGCUGAAAGAUUGGGACCAGAACAUGAGAACUUUCGGAGUCUUGCUAAAUGUGUUUGGGUUUUAUGUGAUGGAUAAAAGAGAAGUGAGUCUCAGAACAGAGAGACCCGGCUACAUCUUAGGGGUGACAGAAGAAGACCAAUCAGAUAGGAGGAGCAAACUCUGAGGGAAGGGGUUAUCAACGGCAUAAAUAUUCUAGUAGGUUGAAGAUUAGUGUCACUGAUAACUUUCAGCAGAUUCAAAUUGUAGAGGCUGAAGACAGAUUGCAAGCAGCUAAUCAGGGUGGGGCAAAUUGCAAGUAUCCAUUUCACUCUAGGCUCGCUCUUGGAUUUCAGCAGAUAAAGGAAAGGUAGAGAACUUUAGCUUGAAAGAAAGUGCUGGGAGUCUAGGAAGGGGUGCAGGUGGGGGGAGGUUGGCCAAGGGAAAGCCAGAACAUGAUUGUAAGAAUGCUUGAAGAUUAAGAUACGGGCCAAAACAAAACUUGUCGGAGCUCUGCAUCAGAGAACGAACAUAUGGUAGAAUGUGAACCCAAGAUUGUGUUGGGUGCCAUGCCUUGUGAAAAGGUUAUAUUAUGUUUCCUUAUGUGCUUUUGUAAUAUGGCAAUUUUAGAAAGUCAUGUUUUUUAAACACCAUACUAGAAAAAGGGUACCGACUAAAAAAUAUGUUCGAGUUCAUGAGGCACCAGAGCAAGGUUUGUCUUUUGAAUGUGGACACAUUACCGAAUGUAAAAUCCUCCAGGUAGAGUGUAAUUACCCCUUCAAUAGCAAGGCCUCUUUGGUGAUUAUAAAAUUGCUUACAGAAAUAAAAUACCGUGAAAUGA